GUCGUAAGCUGAACAGAGAAGAUACACAAAUCUACUUAUUUUCUGGCUUGGAAAAUCCUUACUACCCAUGUGAGAGAAGUCGCUGAUUCUGGUAACAUGGGGGAACUGGUGGGCGAGAAUUUCCUCUGCGAUGUGUUGGAGAAGCUAUUUGAAAGGUUAGGUUCUGUGGAGUUUGCGAAAUUUUUUCGAGGAAAGAAAUCUAUUGGUGAACAACAUAGGAAAUUGAGUGAGCAGUUAAUGAGUGCAAGUCUAGUUCUGAAUGAUGCUGAAGAGAGGCAAAUCAGCGAGCCGAAUGUGAAAGAAUGGCUGGAUGAGCUCACACAUGUCGUCUUGAGAGCAGAUGACUUGGUGGAGGACAUCAACGACGAAGCCCUUCUGAAGCUUGACUGAAUUUGGCAGAACUGUACAAGGUGAGCUAGCACGGAUCUCGUACGAAUUGGAUGAUGUUUUAGAUAAAAGGAUUGUCCUUGGUUUGAAAACUAGUUCGAUGGUUAAGGCUCGAAAGGCGGUAUGUUUGAGAAGAUUAAUGCAUGAAGUAGAGGAGAGUCAUGUUUAUGGAAGGAAUGCUGAGAAAGAGGAGAUCUUGAAGUUGCUGCUUUCGAGUGAUGUUUGGGGAAAUGGAAUUGGCGUGCUUCCCAUUGUCAGUGUGGGGGGCAUUGGUAAGACUACCCUUGCUGAACUUGUUUGCGGUGAUGUGAGAUUGAAGGGACAUGAUUUUCAGCUCAAAGCAUGGGUUACUGUUUCGGCUGAGUUUGAUGUUUCUAGAAUACUAAAGGCUAUUUUGCAGCGGGUCAAUUCCAGAGCGCCACGCUACAUUGAGGAACUUCAACUUCGAUUGAGAAGGCAUUGAUAGGCAAGAAAUUUUUGUUGGUUCUCGACGACGUUUGGGAUGAGUUAUGAGAAGUGGCAUUUCCUAUGGAGCACCUUUACUUUUGCAGAUAAGGGAAGCAGGAUCAUUGUGACGACACGGAGUGAAAAUGUUGCAUCAAUAGUGAAGACCGGGGAAGUAACUUAUCAACUACGGCAGUUACCAGAGGCCGAUUGCUGGAAAAUAUUUUCAGAGCAUGCCUUCAGUGGAGACUUGGAUGCAGAUCCACGUUUGCAACAAGUUGGUAAGAAAAUUGUUAAGAAGUGUGGGGGGCUCCCAUUAGCCUUAAGAUCAAUGGGUGCUCUCUUACGCUUCGAAAGAGAUCCAAGUAAAUGGGAUAGCAUUCUAAGGAGCCAUGUGUGGGAAUUGCGUGAAACCCAGAGAAACAAUAUUCUGCCAUCGUUAUGGUUGAGCUAUCAUUAUCUACCUUCUUGUUUGAAGCAUUGUUUUGCUUAUUGCUCAGUAUUUCUGAAAGAUUUUGAAAUACAAAAAGAGGAAUUAAUCUUGCUGUGGAUGGCAGAAGGUUUUUUGCAAUCUGUUGAGGAAGAAAAGAGAAUGGAAGAUGUUGGAGAGGAGUACAUCAAAGAUCUAAUAUCAAGGUCAUUAGUUCAAAGAUCAAGAUAUGAUGAGUCGACAGUUAAGAUGCAUGAUCUUGUUCAUGAUUUAGCUCUCUUUGUAUCAGGUAAAUUUUGUUUGAGGUAUGGUGAUAAUACACACAUAAAGCAGCUUACAAGUAAGACACGUCAUUUAUCACAGCAUAUAUAACUCAUGGACAAGUAUAUCUGAAGCCAAAUAUUUACGCACCUUUAUAGGAGGAUCACAUAAAAAUUGAGCUAAUCAGUUAGUUGAAAAAGUGACAGAAAAUGGAAAGUGUUUAAGAAUGAUCUCUCAAUUGACAAAAAUUUGGUUGUGGACUGCCUGAUUCGUUCAGUAAUUUGAAGCAUCUUAGAUAUUUGAACUUAUCUGGCAACAUGUUUUACGAGGUGCCUAGCUCAAUUUGUGGUCUCUACAAUUUGCAGACAUUGUUGUUGUCUAAUUGUGGAAGACUUACUAAGCUGCCUACCAAUAUGGGAAGACUAAUCAAUUUGCGUCAUCUUGACACUACUUCGUCACCUCUAAGCGAUGCCACCUCAAAUGUGUAAUUUGAAACAGUUGCAAAAGUUAACUGAUUUUGUUUUGAGUGUGCAUACCGGUCCUAGCAUUAAAGAGUUGGGAGAUCUUCGAUAUUUGGGUGGAGAACUUCGAAUUUCAUGGCUUGAAAAUGUUGAUAGUGUUGAGGACGUUCUGAAAGCAAAUUUAAGGGAGAAGGCGAAUCUCAAUGAGCUAAGUUUAACAUGGAGACGUGAUAGUACUGGGAGUAGAAGAGGAAGAGAGGUACUUGACGCGCUGCAACCUCACACAAACUUGAAGAAGCUCUCUAUUUACAGAUAUGCUGGUUCGUUUUUCCCUAAAUGGGUUGGAGAUGCUUCAUUUUCAAAUAUAGUGUUGUUGAAUCUCAUUGGUUGCAAGUAUUGCUUGUUGUUGCCGCCAGUCGGGCAGUUACCUUCUCUUCGAGAGCUUUGUGUUCAAGACUUUGAUGGGUUGGAGACAGUAGGUGCUGAGUUUUGUGGUAGUAAUUCUUCUGUUAUUCCAUUUCAAUCUUUGGAAAUUUUGUCGUUUCAUGAAAUGUCGAAAUGGAGUGAGUGGUUAUUUAUUGGAGGUGACAAAGAAGUUGCAUAUUUCCCCCGUCUCAAACAGCUUUGCUUGUUUUGUUGUUCGAAUUUAACUGGGAGCUUACCUGAUUGUGAUUCAAUUGAAACUCUACGACUUAAUUGGUGCGCCAAAUUAGAGUUCCCGGGUAGCUGCCGCUAUGCAAACCUUAGAACGUUGGAAAUUACUGCAUGUGAUACUCUAACGUCGUUACCAUUAGACUACUUCCCAAUGCUUAAGGAGCUUGUGCUGCGUUAUUGUCAGAAGCUGGAGUCGCUUACCUUUUCAGAAGGAAGUGGCACUGUGCUCCACUAUCUCAGUUUACUGAGAGUGUUUGCGAGAAUUUCAGGUCGCUGCCUGAACACAUGCACAGGCUUCUUCCAUCUCUUGCUUUUUUGGAAAUGUCUUGAGUGUCCAAAUGUUGAGUCAUUACCUGAAGCUGGAUUGCCCCGUGAUUUAGAUACUCUUGUGAUUUUCAAAUGCCGCAAACUCAUAGUGGAACGCAGGAAUUGGUAUCUCCAUGGACUAAACGCUUUGAGAUCGUUAUGCAUUGCUCAUUCUGAUGCGGUGUUGGAUUCAUUUCCAGAGGUGUUUCUUCCCAUGUCUUUAACUUCGUUGAAGCUCCUUAAUCUUUCAAACCUUAGAAGCCUAAACGGAAGCGCCUUUCAACACGUCUCGUCUCUUGUUACAUUGUCGGUGUCUCACUGCAAGAAGCUCCAGUUUUUGCCGGACGAAGUGCUUUGUACUUCUCUUUGCACUUUGAUCAUCAAAGAAUGCCCUUUUCUUGAACACAGGUACCGGAGAUGGGAAGGGGUCCCAAUAUAGAGAUUUCUGGCCAAACAACAUAAUGAAGAAGAUCUUCAACCUAUGGCGUUGCACGUUUUCUUUUCUUCUGAAAUUGCUGCCGAACGUCGUUCACUCUGGGAAUGAACAAACUGCGCUGUUGUUCAUCCGCAAUCAUUCCAUUAUGAUUACUUUAGCUAUGAUGUUGUCGUGCGUGAGCUAUGAAGGUCGACAAAUGAACAUAAUGCAGCUAAAAGCGUCUGUCCUUUUUAUCAAUUUAUUUAUUUAUUUUGAAACACAAAUAAUGAACAAGUUUGUGCUAUUUAGUAUUUAUGCAACUCUUUGCUAGAAAGUUGA